ACCUGCUUCUACCCGGGAACUGAGAACAGCGGGAAUAACAACAACUCCAUCAGUUCGUGUGAGGAUUAAAUGAGUUUAUCCUGUUGAUGUGCUUGGUGUAGUUUCUCCUACGUGACCAGUGCUAAAGAAAUGUGAGUUCCCGUGGUCCCUUCAAGAGUGUACAGGACAAACAUAGGAGAGGUGCAGCCUCUAGUGAGACAGCAAAAGCACCAGCAAGACUGGGAAUGCUUAGGAUGAAUGUGAGGAUUUACAUAUGUUUGCCCCAGGUAGACUACAGGUGCUGUGCAUGAGAACAGCCAAUUAGAAAAGAGAAAAACAACCCUCCCCCGCCUAAAACAAACAAACCCAAAGGAAGCCGAACAAAACAACCAGUGAACUGUUAGAAGGUCUAUAACAAUAUUAGUUUUUUUUUUUUAAAUCAGUUACGUGUACCCUCCCAAAAGAGUCAAAGCAAGGAUGUUUUUGGGUAAAAAGUGAAAAAAAAAAUGGCUUUGAAAUUUAUUAAAGGAAGAAGUAACACUUUCACACCCCGCGGCAACAACGGCAGGGGGUUUUCUUUUUCUCAAUGGUUGCAGCAAGUCCAGAGGCAAGGGUACAAGUUAGAUAAUGAAAGUUAGAGCUUACAAAACAACCACUUUCCUUAUGUUUUACAAAAGAAUGAAACAGAGGAUUUAAAACUGCUUUGUGAAUUUGAAUUAGGAAGAUUGCUUUUACUUCUGGCCAGUUUGAAAAAAAUCUCAGAACGAAUAUAAAAGGUGAAUACACAGAGAAAUAGCGACCAAAGUAAUGUGUUAAAAUUAUGUUUAGUAAUCCACUUGAACUGUAAGAAUUUCAAAUGCUCUGGAGGAACAUGAACAUUGAUUUGAUAGCUAAAAGCUCAAAAUUUCACAUAAUUUCAAAUACCAUUGCUACACCGAAAUGAUCCAUUUAUGUACUGGAAAUCUUCCUCUUUGUUUCUGGUUGUUUUUUUUUUUUUUUUUUUUUUUGAUAAAAGAUAAACAGAUAUACCUGAAAAACUAUGAAAUAUACUAAAGAACACCUUCCGCACAGGGAUUCUCUUCAAGGAAGGGAAAUUUUAGUGACUGGGCAGGGUCUGCAUUGUUUAAUUGACUAUCGGAUGUUAUGCAUAGAAGGUGUCCUUUAAGUUUCCACUUGCAGAGAGCCAAGAUCUGUCCACAAAUAACUCCAUAUAUGGAAGUGUGUGUCUCUGAUGAUUCCUGAGAUAUGAGUUUGUCAACUCGACCUUUGUGAGGGGAGCCCAGGCUGCGCAUUUCGUCUAGAAAUCCAACCUGUUUCGCAAUUUCUCCUGCAAUAUCCUUGAGUCAAGCUGGGCCAGGAGCUGGUUAACCUCCUGGUCAUGCUCGCUGACUGGGCGGGACUGUGUCUGGGCGUAGCUUGAGCACGCCAAAUGUACUCUCCUGUCCUCAGAAAGCCCGAGCACACUCAAGCAGCGGUUUCCAGGAGCCGCUGUCCCCAUCUUCCCAGGUUCCACUACACUCAGGGUCGCAUCUUCCAAAUCCCACGUCUUGGCGGACUUUGCGAAGGAAAGCGGAGGUAGAGACUCGAGAGGUUGUGAUGGAGCUUGAAGAGGACCUGAACGGAAGAGCAGACAAGAACUCGAAGAUGGGCAAAAAGAGUAAAAAGGAGAAGAAAGAAAAGAAACCGGUGGUCAGUGUGUUUACAAUGUUCCGCUAUGCAGGUUGGCUGGACAGGCUGUACAUGCUGGUGGGAACUCUGGCUGCUAUCAUCCAUGGAGUUGCACUCCCGCUUAUGAUGCUGGUGUUUGGAGACAUGACAGACACCUUUGCAAAUGUAGGAAACAUGCCGCCAAACUUUACUGAUGAAAUUGCAUACAACGCUUCAGACAUUCUUAGCAGCCUGGAGGAUGAGAUGACCACGUACGCCUACUAUUACACGGGGAUUGGUGCUGGUGUGCUCAUAGUUGCCUACAUUCAGGUUUCAUUUUGGUGCCUGGCGGCUGGAAGACAAAUACACAAAAUUAGACAGAAGUUUUUCCACGCGAUAAUGAAUCAGGAGAUAGGCUGGUUUGACGUGCAUGACGUUGGGGAGCUCAACACCCGGCUCUCAGAUGAUGUCUCCAAAAUUAAUGAAGGCAUUGGUGACAAAAUUGGAAUGUUCUUUCAGGCAAUGGCAACAUUUUUUGGUGGUUUUAUAAUAGGAUUUACUCGUGGCUGGAAGUUAACCCUUGUGAUCUUGGCCAUUAGCCCUGUUCUUGGACUGUCAGCCGGCAUUUGGGCAAAGAUAUUAUCUUCAUUUACUGAUAAAGAGCUUCAAGCAUAUGCGAAAGCGGGAGCAGUUGCCGAAGAAGUCUUAGCUGCCAUCAGAACUGUGAUUGCAUUUGGAGGACAAAAGAAAGAACUUGAAAGGUACAAUAACAAUUUAGAAGACGCUAAAAAGCUUGGGAUAAAGAAAGCUAUCACAGCCAACAUUUCCAUAGGCGCAGCUUUUCUGCUUAUCUACGCAUCAUAUGCUCUGGCAUUCUGGUAUGGGACUUCCUUGGUCAUCUCGAAAGAAUACUCUAUUGGACAAGUGCUCACUGUCUUCUUUUCGGUAUUAAUUGGGGCGUUCAGCAUUGGCCAGGCGUCUCCGAAUAUCGAGGCCUUCGCCAACGCAAGAGGAGCCGCCUAUGAAGUCUUCAAGAUAAUUGACAACAAACCCAGUAUUGACAGCUUCUCAGCGAACGGGCACAAACCAGACAACAUUAAAGGAAAUUUGGAAUUCAGAAAUAUCCACUUCAGUUAUCCGUCUCGAAAAGAAGUUCAGAUCUUGAAGGGCCUCAACCUGAAGGUGCAGAGCGGACAGACCGUGGCCCUGGUCGGCAACAGCGGCUGUGGGAAGAGCACCACUGUCCAGCUGCUGCAGAGGCUCUACGACCCCACAGAGGGCGUGGUCAGUAUCGACGGCCAUGACAUCAGGACCAUCAAUGUGAGGUACCUGCGGGAAAUCAUCGGCGUGGUGAGUCAGGAACCUGUGUUGUUUGCCACCACGAUCGCUGAAAACAUUCGCUAUGGCCGAGAGAACGUCACCAUGGAUGAGAUCGAGAGAGCAGUCAAGGAAGCCAACGCCUAUGACUUCAUCAUGAAACUGCCCCACAAAUUUGACACCCUGGUUGGUGAGAGAGGGGCACAGCUGAGUGGGGGACAGAAACAGAGAAUCGCCAUUGCUCGUGCCCUGGUCCGCAACCCCAAGAUCCUUUUGUUGGAUGAGGCGACGUCAGCCUUGGACACAGAAAGUGAAGCUGUGGUUCAGGCUGCUUUGGAUAAGGCUCGGGAAGGCCGGACCACCAUUGUGAUAGCUCACCGCUUGUCUACAGUUCGCAACGCUGAUGUCAUUGCUGGCUUUGAUGGUGGUGUCAUUGUGGAGCAAGGAAAUCACGAUGAGCUCAUGAAAGAGAAGGGUAUUUACUUCAAACUUGUCAUGACACAGACAGCAGGAAAUGAAAUUGAACUAGGAAAUGACAUUUAUGAAUCUAAAAAUGAAACUGAUAAUUUAGACAUGUCUUCAAAAGAUUCGGGAUCCAGUCUGAUAAGAAGAAGAUCAACUCGCAGAAGUGUUCGUGGGCAGCACGACCAAGACAGGAAACUUAGUAUCAAAGAGACCCCGGAUGAAGAUGUGCCUCCGGUUUCCUUCUGGCGGAUCCUAAAGUUGAAUUCAACCGAAUGGCCUUAUUUUGUGGUUGGUACACUUUGUGCCAUAAUAAAUGGAGGUUUGCAGCCAGCAUUUGCUGUAAUAUUCUCAAAGGUUGUAGGGGUUUUUACAAAACCGAAUGAUGAUGAAACCAAACGGCAGGAAAGCAACUUAUUUUCCUUAUUGUUUCUGGUCCUUGGGAUCAUUUCUUUUAUUACAUUUUUUCUUCAGGGCUUCACGUUUGGCAAAGCUGGAGAGAUCCUCACCAAGCGACUCCGAUACCACGUUUUCAAGUCCAUGCUGAGACAGGAUGUGAGCUGGUUUGAUAAUCCUAAAAACACCACUGGAGCGCUGACCACCAGGCUCGCCAAUGACGCGGCUCAAGUUAAAGGGGCUACAGGAUCCAGACUCGCUAUCAUUACCCAGAACAUAGCAAAUCUUGGCACAGGAAUUAUUAUAUCCCUGAUCUAUGGCUGGCAGUUGACUCUUUUGCUCUUAGCAAUUGUACCCAUCAUUGCCAUAGCAGGAGUGGUGGAGAUGAAAAUGUUGUCCGGACAAGCACUGAAAGAUAAGAAGGAACUAGAAGGUUCUGGGAAGAUCGCUACUGAAGCCAUAGAGAACUUCCGCACUGUUGUCUCUUUGACUCGGGAGCAGAAGUUUGAAGAUAUGUAUGCUCAGAGCUUGCAGAUACCAUACAAAAACUCUUUGAAGAAAGCCCACAUCUUCGGGAUCACGUUCUCCUUCACCCAGGCCAUGAUGUAUUUUUCCUAUGCUGCGUGUUUCCGGUUUGGUGCCUACUUAGUUGCUCGUGAACUGAUGACUUUUGAUAAUGUUCUGUUAGUAUUCUCGGCUAUUGUCUUCGGUGCCAUGGCAGUUGGACAGGUCAGUUCAUUCGCUCCUGACUACGCCAAAGCCAAAGUGUCGGCAUCGCACAUCAUCAUGAUCAUUGAGAAAGUUCCCGAGAUCGACAGCUACAGCACUGAAGGCCUGAAGCCGAGUACACUGGAAGGAAACGUGCAAUUCAGAGACGUCAUGUUCAACUAUCCCACCCGACCCGACAUCCCAGUGCUUCAGGGGCUGAGCCUGGAGGUGAAGAAGGGCCAGACGCUGGCCCUGGUGGGCAGCAGCGGCUGCGGGAAGAGCACAGUGGUCCAGCUGCUCGAGCGGUUCUACGACCCCAGGGCCGGGACGGUGUUUCUAGACGGCAAAGAAGCAAAGCAACUGAACGUGCAGUGGCUCCGAGCACACCUAGGCAUUGUGUCCCAGGAGCCCAUCCUAUUUGACUGCAGCAUCGCCGAGAACAUCGCCUAUGGAGACAACAGCCGGGUCGUGUCCCAGGAUGAGAUUGAGAGGGCGGCCAAGGAGGCCAACAUCCACCAUUUCAUCGAGUCGCUGCCUGACAAAUACAGCACCAGAGUAGGAGACAAAGGGACUCAGCUGUCGGGUGGGCAGAAGCAGCGCAUCGCCAUAGCGCGCGCCCUCGUCAGACAGCCUCGCAUUUUGCUACUGGAUGAAGCAACCUCGGCUCUGGAUACGGAGAGCGAAAAGGUGGUCCAGGAAGCUCUGGACAAAGCUAGGGAAGGCCGCACCUGCAUCGUGAUUGCUCACCGCCUGUCCACCAUCCAGAACGCGGACUUGAUCGUGGUGAUUCAGAACGGCAAGGUCAAGGAGCAGGGCACCCACCAGCAGCUGCUGGCGCAGAAAGGCAUCUAUUUCUCAAUGGUUAGUGUGCAGACCGGAGCAAAGCGCACGUGAACUGUGACCAUGUAAGAUGUUAAAUAUUUUUUAAUAUUUGUAUUAAUAAACAGCAUUUAAUCUAAGUCAAAGAGAAAGCACUUACUAGAAUAGCUAGUUAUCUAUUCCCUGUCGCAAUGAAAAGCAUUUCGUCCAGAGUAGAGUCUUCAGAGACUAUGUAUCAAAGGGACAGAAAUAGAUAAAUCACCAAACGGAGAGUAAUCAUUUAAAUUGCACUAUAAGAUACAUAAAAGAAUUAAAAGUACAUGUUUGAUAAUAUAUACUUUUAUUUAUACUUUCUCAUUUGUAACUAUAAUUGAUUUCCUUGCUAAACAAAUUGUAUGUAUCAAAAAUUACUGAAACGUAUUGUAUAUGUAUACAAGUAAAUGUAUACUAUAUACUUGUAUAAAGUAUAUAUAGUAAAACUAAACUUUUAUAUCCUUUGAAUUAUCUUGUCCAAAAUACAUGUGAAAUUAUAUAUCUA